AUGCGGUCACCGAUCGAGAACCGGUUCAUCCGGUCGGGCGUACUGGUGCGCAAGCACUUGUUUGAGCGCUCGGGCAAGAAGGCGUCACAGCGGUCGUGGCGCACGUGCUACGUGUCGGUGGACCGCGGGACCGUGGCCAUGUACAAGAUGGACGGGCGCCACGGCGGGCACCCGGACGGCCGCGAGCUGACCGACACGUCGCUGCAGCUCGGCUCGGUGUCGCUACGCCACACGCUGACUCAGAUGAUGCCGCCGCCGGGCUAUUCGCGGUCGCGGCCGCACGUGUUUGCCUUGCAGCUGCCGAGCGGCGGCGUGUAUCUGUUUCAGACGGCGUCGGAGGUGGAGCUGCGGGACUGGGUGGCUGCCUGCAACUACUGGGCAGCACGCGAGUCCAAGGCCCCGUAUAUGAUCGGCGGUGUAUACAACAUGGAGUAUGGGUGGGAC